CCUACUGGCAACACAUGCAUGACUAUGAUAGGCAGUUACAGAGAUUUUCUUCACAGACUCUGGCUCCAAAGCAACACUGACAACAUCUCAAUGGUUUUGUCACCAUUCUGAAGAGUUUCUUUUUUCUUCUCCGGGGGCUCUUACAUGGAUAACACCAAUACAUUUGAGCCUUGAACUUUGACAAGCUGUGGACGUGAAUGCGGAGUAGUUUCAUACUGUGGCUGAUACAUUUGUCUCGGAUUUUAAAUUUUUUGGUGAAUUGCUUCAGUGGGCGAUGACUUCCAGAAGGCCAAUGACUCGCUCUUAUUCUGGCAAUGGGAGGACAAGCAGCUUCAGUGAAGAUGAGGGCGGCUCUUCCAAUGGCCGUUCAGAAAGCCGCAAUACUUACCUCUCAAAUGUUAGGCCAGAAAACAGGAGCACAUUGUGUAGCAUCAUGGCUCAGCUGACCGAGGACAUUCAGCCUUCCUUCGAGACCACCUUGAAAUCAAAGGCAGUGUCAGAAAACUGUAAUGUGAAGUUCGCCUGUGUGGUAUCGGGUUACCCAGCUCCAGAACUGAAAUGGUACAAAGACGAUAUGGAAAUGGACCGCUAUUGUGGACUCCCAAAAUAUGAAAUUCGUCGUAAUGGAAAAACCCACACCCUCCAUAUUUACAACUGCACAUUGGAUGAUGCAGCCAUCUAUCAGGCCUCAGCCAGCAAUAGCAAAGGUAUUGUCUCCUGCUCGGGAGUUUUGGAGGUCGGCACCAUGAAUGAAUUCAAGAUCCACCAGAGGUUCUUUGCCAAGCUGAAGCAGAAAGCAGAGAAGAAGAAGAAGGAAUUGGAGAAGGGGGAUAAAGAAAACAUUCAUAAAGAGCAGCCACAGAGUAGCCCAGAGCAUCCUCAAAGGAAGCGGCAUGUCCCACCACCAGAGGAGAGGCCAGCGGUCAAGGAGCCCGAGGCUGUGGAACAACUAGGAGCUGCUGUAGAACCUAAUGGAGUUAGCGCUGAAGCCAAGGAAACAGCCCCUGUGCCAUCCAUAGACAGUGACUUGGAACAGGCCAAAAAGAAAAUAAGGAUCUCAAAUGGUGUAGAUGCUGGUCUUAAUAGCAACAGCAGCAGUAGCAGAAGCCACAUAAUGGGGAAUGGAGGUGAAAACUGUUAUGAUGGAGGAAUCAGUUUGGCACAGUUUCUGGCAGAUACUCUGCAGUCCCAGGCUGCUGAGGAGAAACAGAACUCAUCCGGAGGGGAGAAACCCAAAGAGAUGGAUAUGCCUAUUGUAAGUUCCAGUAGAGAAAAAGAGAGGAUGCAAAAAGACAGGGAAGAACAAGUAAAGGGACUAAAGGUAGAGUAUGAGAGAGAGAAAAUGAGAGAAGAAGAACUGGCCAUAGAGAGGGAGAAAGAAAGGGAAAGGCCGUUGGAGAUGUCACAUACAGUACCCUACACAAAACAUGGUUCGGAGGUCAAACAACACAGCAAGGCUCAUAAGGACCACGACCACCACCACAUCCAGGCGUCCAUCUCCUCUAUGCUCCACACAGUCAAAGACUUCCUCUUUGGUAAGAGUAAGAAGGACUCUCAUGAUCGCCUUGAGAAUAAGGAGAGAGAAUUUGACCACUCACCUGCCUCAGCGCAAGGUCCUCAACCGGAAAUGCCACCAUCAUUUCAACUGCAACCGGAGCAUAAUAAAGUGUGCAAGCCUCCCACAGAGGACGUCGUGCCUAUGGAAAUGGAUAUACCAAAGGAGCCUUCAGGAACUGUGGAUAUAGCAAAACAGUUAGUAUCGCUGGAGCCACAUGAACAUAAGCAUGAAGACAGUGUUCUACACACAAACCUGCCACCGGCUCACACAUUGCCAACUGAGAGCGUAGAGGAGUCCACAGGGCAGAGUAUCAAGGACGCUGGAGAUGCUGUGGAAACCAUGGAGGUGUCUGUGGGGCCAGAGAGCAGCAGUCCAGGUGAAGAAACGUCAUUGUCUGGGCUUCAAGUUCUCACUGAGGCUGAAGAGAAAGCUUCUCAUGUAGUCUCAAUUAUCAAAGAGGUUCCUGUACAUCAGCAAGAGCCAGAUCGCCUAAUAGUCUCACCACAGCCAAAUCAACAGACUGCAAGAGAUGAGUCUUCACCCAGGGAAGAUAUAUCUGUCUUGACACAGACCAAAGUCUCUUAUGAAGAAAAAGUCUCCCACACAAUCACCCUGGCUAGUUUGGCAGACAGCUGGACUCCCCCUUACAAUGCUAUCUCGGCAUCAGACAGCCACGCCCUUGGAGAAGCACCCACUGAAACUUUGCAAGAAAAGGAAAUGAGUGUUGAUAAGAUGGACAAAGAUGAACCUGACACAGGGGAGGGCCGUUCUUUUGAGUUAUGUGCGGUAGAGAAAGAUGAAGUGAAAUCAUACAAACAGCCAUGCCCAGAUAUAAACAGGUCUGAGAUUACUGAAUUAACAUCUUCACUGGAAGAGAGAAUAGAGCCAUGUGACUCUAAAACACCAGAUCAGGUGCUUUCGACUCUGCCUGCUGUAGCAGCAUACUGUGUAGAGAGAGAUGAUGUAAAAGAAGAGGCUGAAUGUUCUUCAGUGAUUCAGGAAAUGAAUGUGGGAUUUCCGCCCAAUGUGGCCACAGAUAGUUUAGAGACGGUUGACCUAAAAACACAGCAAGAAUGCAUUUCUUCUAAAGCAGAGGAAAGCUCAGAAGUUCACAAUCUAAGUGCAAUACAGAGUUCAAACUCAGGUUUUAGAAGCAGAGAAGAGAGACAUGAAUUGAAAGAGGUAUUGAUUUCUGCUUUAGAGGAAGAUUUAAAAGUUAACUUGUGUAACAAUCUAAAAACACAAGAGCAGGUCAUUUUAGAUGGUGAGAUCACUGAAGCAAGGAAUGAGAAUUUACAGUCUGAAGUGGAGACAGGAAAGAGAAAUCCAAUGAAAGUAGAGGAGUUGGCUGAAUCGAAGAGCCUUUCAGUAAUGCAAAACAAGGGAAAUGGUGCAAUUCUUUUGGAGGAACACAUAAAUGUUGCACCUCAGGAUAGCAGUGAGAACAAGGAGAGGGCCUGGCCCUCAGAGAAUAUUCCACAAAUCCAAAUAUCUACUGUUGAAGACAACCCAGAUUUUAAACCCACUGUUCCACAUGUGCAACCAAAUGAACAUUUUAUAAUCCCCAAAAUUGAAAUAAUGGAGCCUGAGUUCAAAGAGUGCACUCUGCCUCUAACUAUUUUGGCACUAAAGAAGCAAGAAUCAGUUCCUGCUACUUUGCAAGAACAUGAUGCAACUCAUUUGUCAACAGGAAUAAUACAAGACCAGAGGGUGUCUGACUGUCCAAGCUUGUUUCCCACACAGAAAGGUAUGCAGAAUGAUUAUAACCCCUCACCUACAGAGAAGGUAAAGGAAGUUGCGCAAUUAAGUGACAAGACAGAAAUGUCUGAGGAGGAGCAGCCACUUGUGAGAAGCAGUGAACAGCUCCCUCAGAGGGACUACGCAUCAAUUCCUGUUAUAAAUCUUUCAUGUACUCAUGACAAGGAGAAUGAUAUAAUUGUAAACACCCAUGUUUCAGACACACUGCAGCCUUUUGAAACCCCUGUGGUGCCUUUGUGUGUGGUGCCACCGAUCUCUGUCAUUUGUCAUGAAAGGGAUUCUGGAUUCACAAUGCCCAGUCAAAGUGAGUGGACAGGAACAGAAACUUCAGCUAUUACGCAAAGGGGAACAAAGCAGGAACAUGAUGUUGACAAUAAUAUGACUACUAAACCUGGAAAAACUCAAAGUAGAAAGCAGAACCUAGAACAAAUGGCAGAUAAAAGCAUAAAAGAGAACACUUCUUCUAUGCCUAAUGAAGCUUUAAUGACAAAGGUCAGUGACAAAGUGCCAUCAUUCAGUAAAACAACAGAAGACAACAUUGUCCCUGAUAUAUUGAAGACAAAACCCAAGAUUGAGAAUUCUGUGUUUAUUGAAGACCUCCAAAAAAGCAAAUCGCCUGUCGAGAGACUCUGCCCUAAACCCCUGACACGUCCAUCACUUAGUCCAGCCAGCCUUCGCAAAUUCAUGUCCAAAGUUGCUCCAGACUCAGACAAUGAGGCUGUGACGGCUGUCCCUGUAAUCACUGUGGGCGACCGCCCAAGUGACAAGGCAGACGACGAUCUAAGUGGAGGCUCAACACCAACAUCAUCCCUCUCCUGUGAAAGCAGUCCCCGGCUGAAACGCAGAGACAGCCUGUCGCUCAUACGCUCUGCCACGCCUGAAGAGUUGGCCUCCGGAGCUCGUCGCAAAAUCUUCAUCCCAAAACCUAAAGAGGAUGGAGAAGGAGCAGUGGUUGGUGCUCUAGAUACUCUAGGCAAGAAGGAAAUACCCCACAUGUCACCCAGCCAGACUCGCAGAGCAACAUUACUACAAGCUCCCACUGGACAAAAUACCCCACCAACGGAGAGGCGUUCGCCGCUGCUAAGCCGCAGAAAGGUCACCUUGGAGGUGCCCAAAGUCCUGGAGGAGAUUCCCACAGAAGAGCCAGUCAGCACCAAACAAGAGGAGAAACCAGCUGAAAAGAAGCUAGACCCUUUGAAAGCUCCACAGGUCAUCCGUAAGAUCAGGGGAGAGCCAUUCCCAGAUGCCUCCGGACACCUGAAGCUGUGGUGCCAGUUCUUCAAUGUGCUCAGCGACUCCACCAUUAAGUGGUACAGAGAUGAGGAGGAAAUACUAGAGGUGAAGAGAAGAGUGUCAUCCCAUGACCUUCUGUCAUUCUCACAAUCUCACUGCAAAGACGUCCAAGCUUAUGUGACUGUGAACCCUCACAGCUGUGACACAGGAAGUGGAGGAGAUGAAAGCCAAGUGGCACUGGCUGUUGUUCUAGCAUCCAGCCAAGACUGUGGGGUAUAUGGCUGUUCGAUCAAUAACGAAUACGGGACUGACAUCACUGACUACCUGCUCAGUGAAGACAUUCUGUCUGAGAUACUACUAAGAGAUGACUUGGAAGUUGGAGAGGAGAUCGAGAUGACCCCACUGCUGUUCACCAAAGGCCUGGCCGACUGUGGCAACUGGGGUGAAAAGUACUUUGGCCGUAUCAUGACAGAGGCGGCGGACAUCGGGGACGGCUGCGCUCACAAAGCUAGCAGAGUGAAGGUCAUUUACGGCCUGGAUCCCAUCUUUGAGUCUGGAAGCGCCUGCAUCAUCAAAGUCAAAAACCCCAUCGCCUACGGGACCAAACAGGAGAGCAACCUUGCAGAGAGAAAUCUAGAGAUUACUAAGAAAGAAUGCAAAGUACAAAACAUGAUUCGAGAAUACUGCAAAAUCUUUGCAGCUGAAGCAAGAGUUAACGAGAACUUUGGCUGUUCACUUGAAGUGAUUCCUCAGUAUCUGAUGUACCGGCCAGCAAACUCUGUGCCUUAUGCCACAGUGGAGUCUGAUCUCAAGGGUGCCUUCCUCAAGUAUUGUAUGAUGGAUCCUAAAGGAAAGCUGAUUACACGAACUGUUUCUGAGAUGGAGCAGAAAUGUAGCUCCUUCCAGCACUGGAUUCAUCAGUGGACUCAUGGCAAUUUGCUGGUCACUCGGAUGGAUGGUGUUGAAACGAAGAUUACAAAUGUUAGAGUUGUGACCAAGUCAAAAGGAUACCAAGGGCUAACAGAGUAUGGCUCUCCUGAAGUAUUCGAACAGUUCCUGACACACCAUCAAUGCAACUACUACUGUGGACUUCUCGGCCUGCAUCCACUCAAAACUAUGGAUAGUCUGCAGCAGCCGACCAAGAUGAAGGGUUCCCGGAGCCCCCUGCUCAACCGUAAGGUUGGCUCUAACAGCCCACAGCUGCAGCGGAAAGGACAAAGUCCUCAGAUGUCUAGAAAGACAAAUUCUAGCCCAAAGGUCACAAGAAAAAAUCAGGAGACAGAGGACAAUAAAUCUGAUGUCAAAUGCAAGCCUGCAGAAACUGCUGAUGUUCUUGAAGUGAGAUAGGAAAAAGCGCUUCUUUUGUGUCAAGAAAGAUUUUAUUGCUGUUAAUGGUUUAGUUUACUUGUUUCUUUCCAGUUACCAAAGCCAGCAAGGACUUUAUAGAGAUAUUAAGAAGAGGAAUAGCUUGUUGACUUGACUUGUCAUUAAGAAUUACUGUGAAUUUCUCAGUCGCCACUACAAUUGCAGUAUGAGACGUCCACCCUCCAGCUUCUUACUGUAGUUAAAAGGUUUAUGAGAAUGUUUGGAGCAAUGAGCGCAGGGUUUUUAACCUUGCAGCUCACACGCUUAGCUUAAACAGUAUGAAAAGCAACACUGGGCUACUUUAGAGUUGACAUACCACUAUUAAAUAGUUUGAAACAACUCUCCUAGCAAUAUUUGUCAACUCAAAUCAGCUGUACUUCACACUGUAGAAUUUGUAGUGAAGUUUUGCUCUUUUCUUGAAAUAACAUUUUGAUUUAAAGAAUUUUGGAGAAUAAGACCACAGCCACAGAGGAGGUUGAGGUUUGUUAUUAAAGGCUGCACGUUCAUCUGUGAUGUACAGUAUGUGUGUAGGCAUAAAGUUUAUUUUAGAGUUGUUUAUGGUUUGCAUUAGAACUGCCUAUGCAGCAUUUCUUUACACGCCAAGGUCAAAGAUGUUUGUGUGCACUUUGUUUUGGCAUUACUUUUUAGUAGUUUUUGAGUACUUUGUUGUGUCUGUGUCUUUAAACCGUCCUUUUACAGUAUGUCAGAAUGAAUGUUGUUGCAUGCCACAGUCAAAGCAAUGAGCAGUCAUGGGAUUACUAGUAAACUCUUUAACUAUGGUAUGCUCACGCUCAUUAACAAGUGUGUUCCCACCAACAAGGAAAGAUGUUGAAUGAGUUCCUCACAGUUAUUUGGACUGUGGGUUAAAAGCACACUAAACAAAAUAACCAAAAGAGCAUGCUAGGGACUUUCAGAAGCCUAUUGAUCACUAAGUACGGCUCACUGCAUGAAAUCUGUUUUAAGUUAAGUUUUACAGCAUCUGACAAUCACGUUUUGCUUUAGCAUUGCCUAUUUUUUUGCUGGCUUUAAGUUGCAAAGCCAGCAUAGUUUGAACAUAAAUUAUAAUCUAAAUUCCAAUGAAAACUAUUCAGCUAUCUCGUGUUUGCAGAGGCAUUUAUGGUUAAAAGUCACUUGCCUUUGACAAAUAAUAAAAAAACUGACAAGAAAUUUUUAGGAAUUUCUGUAAUAGAUUAUUGGUUAAUGAUUAAUGAAAGUCUUCAUAUGAGUGCAGUUAGCCCCUCUUAAACAUCAGCUGCCAUUGCUUAAAAAAACUGUAACUGUAAUUGCAUGAUAGUCUAUGAUAGAAACCCCAAAUUCAAAAAGAUGUUGAAAUGACCCAGCAUAUAACAGUGAAAACAGUGAAUUGUAAUGUUAAGGUGUGAUAUCAUGCAAACAAACUGUUGUAUUCUGUUUAUGUGUACAUACAUAUACAUACAUACAUACAUACAUACAUACAUACAUGGAGUCAAAGGACUAAAUAUGUGAAGUAGUGAGAAUUAAAAAUUGUAAACGUUUGAGUGAGUGUGUGAGAAAUGAAUGAGCAAAUAAGAAAGAAGAAUAAAUGUGUGUUAACAAUGUGUGUUGUCUUUGUUAUGUCAGCAAAUUUUUUUUAAAAAUAAAUGCAAAUGUAUAAAA